AUGUGGGUGUCGGGAGUCAUUGGCCUGUCCACAGCACUGUGCAUCACAGAGACUUGUCCCAGCUGCUCUGUGGCAGUCCUUUCGGACCAGUUCAGCCCCAACACAACGAGUGAUGUGGCAGCUGGGAUGCUCAUCCCUCACACCUACCCAGACACACCGAUCCACAGGCAGAAGCAGUGGUUCAAAGAGACCUUCACUUACCUUUUUGCCAUCAGCAACUCAGCCGAGGCAUCAGAGGCUGGCAUUCACCUAGUCUCUGGUUGGCAGGUCUUCAAAAGCACUCCCAAAGAAGAGCUACCUUUCUGGUCAGAUAUUGUGCUGGGAUUUCGAGCAAUGUCUGAAGCAGAACUCCUAAAGUUCCCACAGCACCGAUUUGGUCAGGCCUUUACAACUCUCAAAUGUGACUGCCCACCCUACCUGUUGUGGCUGGAGAAAAGGUUGAAGGCAACUGGCACCCAGAUGUACACCAGGAAAGUGGCAGACUUGUGGGAACUGCACAAUGAAUAUGACAUCGUUGUCAACUGCACAGGCAUGGGAGCUCACCAGCUGGUGGGGGACAAGCAGCUCUUCCCUGUCAGGGGACAAGUACUCAAGGUUCAUGCUCCUUGGGUGAAACACUUCAUCCGGGAUGGAGAUGGCUUAACUUACAUCUACCCAGGGAUACACAGGGUGACCCUAGGGGGAACCAGGGAAGAGGGGAGCUGGAGUCUCUCCCCUGAUGCUGGCACUACUAGAGACAUCUUUGAUAGAUGCUGCUCUCUUGAGCCCUCACUGCAUAAAGCUCAGGAUAUCCAGGUGAAGGUGGGCCUGAGGCCGUCCAGGCAGUGUGUGAGAGUGCAAAGAGAGGUUUUGAGCCAAGGAGGAGUUAAGCUCCCAGUGGUCCACAACUAUGGGCAUGGGGCAGGUGGCUUUUCAGUGCACAGGGGCACAGCCAAUGAGGCUGCUCGCCUGGUGGGAAAGUGCAUUUCUGCUCUGCAAGGCUCCUCAUCGAGGGCCAAGCUUUGAAUCCCAGAUGCUCCUUUUCCAUUUACAGCUACUGCUGCAUCUCCUAGCAGCAGCUUGAUCUUUUAGUCCAUUACUGUAUAGAAGGGAACUAAAUCAACAGCUUGUUCCAGUGCAGAUACUCAGUGGUAUCUUCUAUCACCUUGGAAAGGCAUAAUGUGUUGAUCCAAGUAUUAGUCCAGCUGAUCAUCUCCUCCAUCUGCCCUGGCAUUUGUCCUAGCCUCAUGUGAAGAAGACAAGAUAACAUAAAUACUCUUCACAUAACAGGGUUCAGAUUGCUGCAGUGUAGUGCAAAUAACAUCAAUUCAGCAUUUCUGCAUCUGCAUCUAAAGGGUGUCAGAUGCAGUAGGCUCAGAUUCAGUAAAAAUAAGUUGUCUCCUCUUGUACCAAAUCUAAUCUAGAAUUGCCCUUGUUUAUCAUUGUCUAUAUGAUUUAGAAGGAAAAGAAAACUCCAUGCAGCACCUCAUUACAAUGCUUCAGGUCAGCUCUUACAGAAAGCAGUGUUAGGUCACUGUCACACACAGUGACCAGGCAAAUGUGAUUUUAAGAGCAGGUCUGUGAUACCCAUCACUGCAUUUGCUCAUAUUGCACCUCAGGGAACUUACAGUUUCUGCUAAUACUGCCCCACAUGAGCUACAGUUUUGUGCAUAUUUUCUCACACUAGUUUGCAAAUCUGUUUUCUUCCUUCAAGGCACUCAGAUUUUGCUCUCAGACACCAAUGAUUUCCCCCCAUCUCCUCCCCUCCUCCCCCGCACAGCAGCAUUGAUAUGGCCUUUGUUCUGUUGAAGAGGAUUUUUCAGAGUGGGCUUGGGAAUGCAACAUCUCUUUUCUACUUCAUAACAACACUGGCUGUUUUCCUUGCAACAGCUGAUAUGAAUAAAUUGGAGACAAUCCUACAAGGAUUUUAACACCAGCAUCAGUUUCAUAGAAGAGCCAUUUAAGACAAGAUACACACUUUAAAGAAAAAUUUGUCUGUAACUGGACAUGAACAAGCUCUUCUGCUGUAAAAAGGCUGAGUCACCACAGCCCAGAUCUUUUCACUCCGUGGCAGAGGCUCUGUUGGGCUUUACACCCCCCUCAGCAAUUCAAGCCCUUUGAUGUGUCUGAAGAUAAUCACUCCCCAGAAUGGCAUCUUACCAUCAAAGUACAGGUUUGACUCUUAGUGAUUAAAUGCCUCAUUAAAUCUUAAAUGGCUCACUUGAGAGUGUUAUCAUCCAUUUCUGUCUAGCUUUUUUGUCCAUAGAAUUACAAAACUAUUCAAAAUCCUUCAAUAAUUUCAGUGAUUAAAAUUAACUGAUAAAUAAAUUUCUAAUAGUGGAUCAAAGGUCACUUCUGUAGUGUUUCCUUUCAUAAGCAAGGGAUUUUCUUUCAUUUGAGAUGGCAAGAAAGGCCACAUUCAGCCAUGGCUGCCAACUCUUGCUGUUCUCAGGGGUGAUGAGGACAGUUAUCAUUUGCAAGGGACAGCUGUCAGAGGAAACCAAAUUAAAUUAUAGGUCAAUAAGUGCCUGGGACCAGCCUAAGCCAGCCCUGCCUUCAGCAGCCUCGUCCUCUUUUCCUCAGUUCUGAAGGCUAAUUUUGCAUUCCCCCCCUCUAUCCCCCCCAUUUGUCCUUUCCAGUGGUAUGAGAGGACAGAGCUGCAGCUUUUGGCAUAGGGCUUGUCAAACUGCAGCUUUGUCCUCAGCUAACACAAAACAUAAAAAUACAUGGAAAAAGAACUUAAGAAUGGAUUCUUUUUUCUUAAUCUUUAUUUUAAGCUUAAAAAUAGCAAACUGUAACUUACCCUGGAGCAAGAAACACUACUACUAAUAAUAGGGUGAUCAUAGCUCCAUAAAAAAAGCAAAGCUAUGCUUGUGCACUUCUCUGCAGGGCGAUGGUGUUCUUCUAAAAUUGUCUGGUUGAUACAGUGUCAGAAUAGGUUUGGCUGCAAAGUUCAUCUCUCUGGUGUCCUAGCUCUGCUCAUGUCCAGCAGAGGAGACAGCCACUUCUAGCCUAGGAUCUUCCUCAUCUGAGGGGUAGCUUAGUGUUUCAGAUGAUUUAUCUUCCACACAGUUGUUGACUUGCUUCUAAAACCAUUCUAAACCAAACAUCCUGUGAAAACAGGUUCUAGAAAGGCAGAAACUUCUUUGUCUAGGAGCAGAAUUUGUUGCCUUCAACUUUGUCUUGAACCUGAAAACAUUAUCUGAUGCCACUUUCUUGCAUGCUAUGAGAGGUAGUGACUCCAUAGCCCAUUUUUGUUUAGAAAGCUCCAACAUAUUCUCUCUCAGAGUCUUCUUCCCCCACCUUGGAGUAUCUUGGUUUACAUAAUACAAAACUUCCUCACUUUCACAAGCCCUGGUCCUCAUGGGGACAUACCUAUUGGAGAAAACAGCACAGUAAAGCAUAAGCAAUCCAAGAGGUUCCUUCUCCAAGUGACAGAGCAGCCAACAAGGCAAGGUGCUGUGCUGGACCCUGUUCUUGCCAACAAGAGGGGCUGGUGUCCCAAGUGAAGUUAUUUCUCAGGGGUCAGCUUUCUUAAACAGCUGGUGCUGUUUAAAAUCUUUGUCGGUGACACAGACAUUGAGAUCAAGGGCACCAUCAGCAAGUUUGCCAAUGACACCGAGCUGUGUGGUGCAGUGGACACACUGGAGGGAAGGGAUGUCAUCCAGAGGGACCCUGGCAGGUUUGACAAGUGGGACUUUGCAAACUUUGUCAUGUUCAACAAGGCCAAGUGCAAUGUCCUGUGUCUGGGGUGGGGCAAUCCCAAACACAAAUACAGGCUGGGUGGAAAAUGGACUGAGAGCAGCCAUGAGGAGAAGAACCUGUGAGUGUUGGUUGAGGAGAAGCUCAACAUGACCCAGCAGUGUAUGUGCUCAGAGCCCAGAGAGACAACUGUAUCCUUGUCUACAUUGCAGCAGAGUGACCAGCAGGUUGAGGAAGGUGAUUCUACUCCUCUGCUCUGCUCUUGUGAGACCCCACCUGGAGUGCUGCAGCCAGCUCUGGGGCCCCCAACAUAAGAAGAAAAUGCACCUGGUGGAGAGAGUCCAGAGGAGAUAAUGAAGAUGAUCAGAGGGCUGGAGAACCUCCCCUAUGUACAUAGGCUGAAAGAGCUGGAGACAGCUCUGGGGAGACCUUACAGCACCUUCCAGUACCUAGAGGGGGCUUACAAGAGUUGGAGAGAGACUUUUUGCAAGGGCAGGACAAGGAGGAAUGGCUUUAAAAAGAAAGUGGGUGGAUUUGGAUUAGAAAGAAGUUCUUCACUUUGAGGAUGGUGAGGCCCUGGCACAGGUUGUCAAGAGAUGUGGGUGCCUUAUACCUGGAAGUAUUCAAGGCCAGGUUAAAUGGGGCUUUAAGCAACCUGGUCUAAUAGAAGGUGUGCCUGCCCAUGCCAGGGGGUGUAACUAGAUGAUCUUUAAUAUCCCUUCUAACCCAAACCAUUCCAUAACUCUCUUCCCUUUAUAAUGUAUACAAAUGCUUUAUAGUCAUUAAUAAGCAUUUAAGUGUCAAUGAGAUACUGUUCUGAGUAGUACUAGCUGUUUCAGAGGCCAUGGUAGAGGCAGUCUUCCUCCCAGCUCAGCCAGGUGUUUUUCUCUGCUUCAUCAUGAGAUGGGUUUUGCAACUCCUUGAGGCAGUUUGCAUUUUACUGCCUUGAACAGACUGGUACCACCAGCAGUUCGGUCAUUUGCCUGUCUGAUUGGUCUGUGGAUGAACACUGGCCCUACCACAAUCCCUCCAAGAUGCAAUUGGUGGCUUCUCUCCACUGUGAAGAAUGGAUGAUUUAUCCUUACCUUGUCUCUCUAUCCUGUAUGCAGUUGCUGACUCAUGAGAGGAUCUUCCCUCUUAUCCCAUGCCAGAUUAGCUUCUUAAUGGGUCCUUGGUGACAGAUGUUGUUAAAGGCUUUCCAGAAGCUGAGCAGAUCACAGUGAGCGGAUUGCUCUCAUCUGCAGCUUCACAGUUUCCUCUGAAGCUGUCAGAGGGUGGUGGUGCACAGACUCAUAGGUUCUCACUGCAAAGCUCUGCCAAUUCUCCCCUCUUAGUCUCUGUCUCUCCUUGCAACUAUUCUGUUACUAUGGCUUUUGCUGUUUGCUUGCCACAGGUGUCAGAUUUAAUGGUUUGCAUUUCUCUAGAUCCCUUACAGUGCUUAAAAGAAAACAGUAUCACUUGCCAUCCUCUUUUUUCUUCAGCUGUUUUAAGUAAAGGCUUAUAAACAGGCUCUUACAGUGCAACAAUUUCCAUUAGCAUUCCUUAAAAACUCACAAGCAAGUAACAUCUGCUUUUCAUGAAUUUGUUACUAUCCCUUGCAUUUAUUUGUUCUAAAGUCUCAUCUAAUGACCCUUCAAUCUGAGGCAGCUUCCCUGCAUUAUCCCUUUAACAAAUGGUUCUGCCAUGGGAAUUUCACUAAGCUUUUCUGUGCUGAAUGCAGACACAAGUAAUCUGUUUAGCUGUUGUGUUAGGAUGUGUUUUCUCUCAGACUCCUUUGCCACCCUGAUCACUUGAUGACUGCACACCCUGGACACCUGCAGAGCCCUCCAGCAGGCUCCCUCCUCCUGCUAGGAGAGAGGAGGCUUUUUGUCUAGUAACUAGUUCCCUCAAAAUAUUUUUUUAGUCUUCCUUUCCGUUUCUGCUUUUAAUUUGACACAGUUCAUGUCCUUUCCCUAAUGCGGAAAGGAUGUAUUUUGGUUCUUUACCAUGUAAUUUUUAUCAUGCUAUUACAAUGACCUAGUAAUUAUCUUCCUUCUGGAAUAUGUCUGAUAUUUCAGACUUGUGGUUAUAAAGAUGUCAAAAUGGCACCUUUAAACAAAUGUCAUCAUGGUUCUCUGCUCCUCUCUUCCACCUCACUUCCCCAGUUUCUAGCUUGAAAUUCUUUUUUAAAUCUUACUCCUUCUCACAGAGGUUUUCUCCCUGAUUAAAAUCAUGCCACAAAAAGAUCGAGCGUUCUAUUCAGAAACAUCAUCUUUUUGUUCCAAAAGCUUUCAAUUUGACAAGAAGAUGCCCUAAGAUUUUGGGAAUAAUUGAACAUCCUUCCAUUAUGCUUCCCUAGGCAUGGAAAAUUUAAAUAAUCUAAAAUAUAUCUUAGAUACAUAGUGAUACUGCCCUGUGCCAGCUGUACACCUCCCCACAAAGGGGAGUCACACUUUCAGUGCCUUCAGACCAGCUCACUGACACUCACUGCUUUCAGGCAGUUGAAGUUUGUUGAGAUGAGUCCUGUCUUGAUCCAGCUGCCCAGCCCCAGGUGUCAGCCUCUGACAAUAUCUCAUCAGCCAUCCCUGAGUUUCUGGUCCUCACCCAAGACUCAUGCCAGGAGCUGAAGCAAAGCUGUGGCCUCUGUUACCUCUCCAGCUCCAGCUGAAGCUGAGCUGGCAGCUGAGGAAUUUUCAAAAGUCCAUUUUGAUCUUAAAUCUCUCUGUGCUGCCUCAUCAGCUCUGCAGUUUUCAUCUGAAAUCACAGAACAAGUGUCAGAGAAAUACUCACAUUUGGGAGAGGAUUAACAGUGGAAGGUUCAUUAAAUCUCCCUGACCUCCCCAUGCUGAUGAAAGGUGUCUUGAAAGAAAGACUUAGCUGUCACCUGGACAAAGCAUUUUAUCCCUCUGCUGUUCCUUAAGCCCCUGCAUGUCUGGACAUAAGUUAUCCAAACUGUGCUUGAGUAUUUCCUCCUUAUCCACACUUUCUGAUCUACAUUGAAGAGGCACCCCUGGCAGAUGGCAACCAAUCUGUCAUACUCACAUGGAACUUCAAAGGUGUAAUUGUGGUGUAGAAAGAGAACGAUUAUAUUUUGAGACAUUUUUAUCAAUCCUUGUGAUUCCAGAGAGCAGAUGGGAUGUGUGAUGGAUUUUAGAGCUUGAGCACAAAAUAAUAGUUUUCUGCAACGGGGAAUUUUGUUGAUUUUCUUCACAGAAACAAUGCCAUAAAGUCAUAUUGUCCUGAUGUAGGCUUUUGCCUCUAAAACAAAUUUCUGGAAAAUGCAGGAAAAUUUUCAUUCACCAUUCAUUACCAUUCUCUUCAAGUCAAGGACUAUUUGAGAUAAAUUGCAAAUUCAUUAGGAAUAAAUGUAGCAAUUAGAGAUAACAUCAUGGCCUGGACCGAGAUUUUUAUUGUUUUCACAGCAAUCAAGUGGCUAUUGUUACGUUGUCCGCUGCUCUAUUCCCUGCUUUCCACCAGAGGGAGAUAUUGGAUCAAGCAGUUGCUGAAAAAACCCUCACACUCCAUCUCAAAGAGCAAACGGAGUGAUGCUUAAUUCAGCGGAAAUCUGUGUGCCUGUGGGGCUCCCACACACCUGCAAGGCUUGGGGGACUUGGGUGCUUCAAUAGAGCUCUGAAGAGGGAUUGUGGAGCAAUUAUUUACGGAGAACACGUAAAAAAGUACAAUAAAAUAUGAAGGUAGCAGCAUAACAGAAGCGGUUGUUAACAAAAAUACCAAACAGCCAAACAAACAAACAAACAAAAUAAUAAUCCUAGAUAAAGCUACUGCUAUAGCAGCGUGUCCCAGAGUUUUUCCCCUACCAAAAGGCUGGAGAGGAAAGCAUUGUAGUUCCUCAUGUUGUGGGUUCUUGGGGUCCCCCAGCCCCUCAAGUUAUGCUUGGGCUGGACAUUUUGUGGGGCACUGGUCCAUGUGUCCAAUGGCUCCUGCCCAGGCUCCUGGUGAGCCCAGACACCAUUCUGGGUGCUCAGGUAUUAGAAAUUACUGGUGCUUCAAGAUCUGAAGUGGACUGGUUUCUUUCUGGGAAUUUUUCCCUCAUGUCUGUUUUUCUCAAUGAAGAAGUAAAAAUUACGUAUUUUGGAGAAGGAGGAGCAGACACGAGUAAAAACCCAGGCUUAUUAAAAAGCAGAGGUGCUGGGAAGAAAAGAAAGGGGAAAGAAACUUUUCUGAAAGUGAACAGUUUCAUACAAAAGGUAUUUCCAAAAGUAAAAGCAGUUUCAAGGGAAUAUUUUUCCUGUGUUUUGCUUUCAUCCUUUGAGACUUACACGGCUGACAGCAGCCAGCACUAGGGGAGCACUACCCCACAUCACUUUCCUGUGUUCCUGUUAAUGUCCAUUAUUCACCAUAAGAACAAUAUAUCUCUCACACAGUAAGACACAUGAACCAUGUGCAUCAUAUGCUGUGCUCCCACUGUUGUCACAUCUCCCACCUUUUGAUUCAACUUCUCCAAAGUCCCAGUCAACUAGCUGAUAUCUAAGCCUUACACUAGCCUUUCCUUCAAUUUGUGAGCCAAACAGAGGAAGGGAGGUUUGUUUAUUCUCUGCGCCAUCAGAGAAUUAAGUAACUGAGCCAGCUGUCAGUGUUUCAGAACCUGUGUGUGAACCUUUAGUCAGCAUUUUGGCUAAAAUGAAGUUCUUAAAAACAACCCUUCCCUCAGGGAACACAGUAGAGCCAUGGAGGGAGCUUCUCUGUUACACAGAAGAGUGGUUUAGGUGGCUUAAAGAAUCACCAUCAAAUAUAUUAGUGAAAACAAUCUUUCAUACAAAUUCACAAAAGUCAGGCAAAGCUCAAUGGCAAGGCUUACUCUAAUACUGCAUGGUAGAGGAUAUAGAGGAUAACUAAUUAGAAUCAAUUUAGAGUGAUUUAUAUGGAGGCCAGGGAUGUAAAAAGGGGUAAUGAAGGAAAGGUUAAGGGAGACUGGCAGGUCACAAGAUUCAGGGUGAACUCCCUUGCUUGCUAGACUUCUCAGAGAGGUGCCCACACACGGCUGGAUUUGAUCUUAGACUCACACAUGGUCAAUUGUUUAUGUUUAAGGAAUCUAGAAGCACUUAAAUGUUAGAUUAAGCAAGGAUCAACUACAAACAGCAAUAACAAUUAUGGAUUCAAGAUAAUAAUAUGCAUACUAUGUUUGCUAUAGGGUGUCCAAGUCAAUACACACACCCAGAUGUGUGCAUGCAAAUGUUCAAAUCCAUGUGUGGGCAUGGAUAUGUAAUGUAUAAGUACAAAAGUGUACAUAUAUUAAAACAUUUCCCUCAAGACUCAGUGAAAUAUUCAUGUCUAAUGCCUUUUUGGCAUUUCUUAAUGGGGGUGAGGUGGGGUGUUGAGUCUCUAGUAGUGGGAUAUCAGUCCAGAUUCUGUUUCCAGGUGACACUUCUCUGAAUUUCACAAACUUGAGAGUUUGAGCACUCUGAGAGGUGUCCCACACAGAGGGAAAUACUGAUGCAGCCCACUGCAGUCCAGAAGAGCUCAAAGGGUCUGUCUUAGGACCACUGGUUUUAGGGAUGUGAGAUGUUGGCUUAAGCCACUGAUAUAUUUUCAUCCUGGCUGGAAUCUGGGUUAGUUAUUACUGACUAGUAACUGAUUUUUGAAAUUCCAGUGAGUAUGGUACAUUAAGCUACAUUUCAGAUAAGGAACAUUCCAAGGCUGUCAAGGGAUGACUGAUUAUUCCUGCUGUCAUCUCCCACCUUGGUAAGGCAGCAGGAGUUCCUGGUACGGUCAGUGCCACCCCCCACCUUAGCUUUCCAAGAGCUCCUAAUAUGAUCAAAAGAUGCUUCACCACCAAUCUCUUGUGGGAAGGCCUGAGCAGGCCAGAGGAGAUAGGGAGGAGGGACGAACCAACACACUCAUACUUGCUUUCCUCCUUGCCAUACAAAUGCAUAGUUGGGCUUCAAGGAGAUGAAGCCUCUCUCCUCUGCACAGAGCUUGCAGCCUGGUGAGUCAAAUGAUUUCUUGGUCUGUGGGAGAGCUGGUCUCCUUUGAGCAUUCAAGGGACUGGAUUUGGGCUUCUCACAUCCCAUAUUGCUGUGACUUCAAGAAGAGCAAUCCCACUCUUAGGUGUGCUUCCAAUGAAAAAGCUCAAAGGAUAUUUUGAAAUAAAGGAGUCGAGGCAGCUGAACUCCAGGGAAAGACUCCAAGAAACAACCCACUUCUCUACAGAGGUAAAGCACUGGCUAAGCACUGGCUAUCCUGCUUCUGAAAAUGCCUCCAUAAGCCUGGGUGGGCACCUUUUUUCUGUGUGGUGAGUGUAUCUGCACAGUGUCAGCACUCCAGGAAUAAUCACAGGACGAAUUGACACAGAGAUUUGCAGCAGGAUAAUUGCUUCAAACAGAAGGAUAAAUAGCUUUUUCUGGCAUUUAAUGGGCCUCUUAAGUGAACGGCAAUAAACUCUAUGCGAACAGA